GAAAAGCAAGUUGAGACCCAGGCUUCAGUCUUGCAUGGCAAUAAUUUAGGAUGUGGAGGGAUCCACGUCCUUGUUUUCAUUUCGGGCUCCUUUGAUUCAUAGGAUAGGAAAAGUGGAGAAAUAGGAAAAAUGGAGGAUUGGCAUGCCUUGUCCACAUGAAUCCUAUGGGAAUGGAAAACACAGGAUUUGGCACAAGUGCGUGUUUGAUGGGAGCAUAGAAAAAACAUAGGAACUCAAGGCAUUAUAAUAUUACUAUUUUGAAGGCUGUGCAUUCAAACAAGUAGCCGUUGGUCACUAAACUAGCCGUUAGGUUGCAGCAGUACAUAUACAAGCUCUGCACUUCAUACAGCUCUAAGAACAAGUUUUGAUUCAUAUGCACCAAAACGUUACAAGCAAGUUUUUGCUAUAGCUGAAGUUUUCCUCGUACUUGCUUGACCGUCUCUGAAAUCUGAGGCUUGUUUUCAUAGCGUCCAAUGGAUCCUAGCUACUGUCGCAGAUCAAAGAGUGAGGAUGAGUUUGCUCUUUAUGUUCUUCCUACUUUAGGAGAACACUCAUAUUCCUCAAGGAGACCUAUGCACACUUCAAUACUCACAGGCGCACGGCGUGUAAAUGAAAUUUUAAAUGGACAUGAAGACCUAUGCAAAAGGCACUUCAGAAUGGAGACUGAUAUAUUUCAAGCUUUGGUUCAGAAAUUGCGCGAAAAUGAUCGCCUUAUUGAUGGAAGAGAUGUCUCAAUAGAAGAACAAGUGGCUAUAUUUUUGUAUGCAUUAUCUAAGAAUGCAACAAAUGAUACUUUGGCAGAUUGGUUUCAGCAUAGUGGACAAACAAUCAGUUACUAUUUUGGUAAAGUGCUCAGUGCAAUUACUGAACUCUAUUCUGUAUACAUACGUCCAUCUUCCCUACACCCGCAUCCAAUCUUGAGUAAAGAAAAGUUCUACCCUUUCUUUAUGGAUUGCAUCAGCGCUAUAGAUGGUACACAUAUUUCAUUGAAACUACCUGCUGAUGAGCAAGAACCAUGUCGCAAUAGGAAGCAAACAUUGUCGCAAAAUGUUAUGGUAGCAUGUGAUUUUGAUCUGAAGUUUGUGCAUGUGCAUGCUGGUUGGGAGGGAUCGGCUUCAGAUGCAAGAGUCCUACAGGAUGCACUUAACCAUGGUUUUCAAGUACCCCCCGGAAAAUUUUACCUUGUAGAUGCUGGUUAUGCAAACACACCACAAUUUUUGGCUCCAUAUCAUGGUACUAGGUACCACUUACAAGAACAAGGAAGAGCUCGCCAAAGGCCAAGAAAUUACAAGGAAUUAUUCAACCUACGACAUGCACAACUCCGAAAUCAUAUCGAGAGGAUUAUUGGUAUACUAAAAAUGAGAUUUCCGAUAUUGAGAGUGGCUUCACAUUACUCAGUGACCAAACAAAUUGACAUAUCAGUUGCUAGUUGUGUGCUGCACAAUUUCAUACGUUUGCAUGAUGGAGAUUUUUCAUGGCCUGAGAAUACUACUGUGGAGAUUGAUCAAGAACAAUUUGUUGAUGUGCCAAGUGGAGACCACAACUAUCACAAUGAUAUACAUGCUUUUAAUUACUCUAGAGAAGCUGGGAAUCAAAAACGAGAUUAUAUAGCACAGCAAAUGUGGGCACAAAUAUGUAUCACGAAGAUCUCAGAAUAUGUAAUAUUUUAUCCAAGUUCUACUACCAUUCAUGGGAAUCAAAAACGAGAUUAUAUAGCACAGCAAAUGUGGGCACAAAUAUGUAUCACGAAGAUCUCAGAAUAUGUAAUAUUUUAUCCAAGUUCUACUACCAUUCAUGGGAAUCAAAAACGAGAUUAUAUAGCACAGCAAAUGUGGGCACAAAUAUGUAUCACGAAGAUCUCAGAAUAUGUAAUAUUUUAUCCAAGUUCUACUACCAUUCAUGGGAAUCAAAAACGAGAUUAUAUAGCACAGCAAAUGUGGGCACAAAUAUGUAUCACGAAGAUCUCAGAAUAUGUAAUAUUUUAUCCAAGUUCUACUACCAUUCAUGUACUUGAAAUAUGACAUGCGAGUUGUAAUACCAUUCUUGGACUUCAUGCUUA